AUGACUUGUUUACUAUCCCUGCAAUCAACACCCGACCUUUCCCCGUGUUUUGGCCUCACUCACACGGUUUCGGAAACCACUUCCCGAAAGGUAGCCAAAUCAAUUCUCUUAAGCCUCUCCUCAUUUAUCACAAACCGGGAUGUUACAACUCACCCCACUCACUAUGCGCAACGUCCUCGUUGCGCACCUGGAUCGUCACCCCCUGACGGUGUGAGUCAAGGCCACUUCAACUUGACUCCACACUCUCGUCUGGGUUUGGCUCUGAUACCAAAUUAUAACGCCCCGACCGCCCCUCCCGGUGAGUCACCCACGCCCUCUCUCUGGGCCCGCAUGCCCAUCUUGGCCUGUGGGCCUCACCCCUGUCCGACGGCCGGUCCGUUAUUUUUGAGAGGCUCUAAUGACUUGUUUACUAUCCCUGCAAUCAACACCCGACCUUUCCCCGUGUUUUGGCCUCACUCACACGGUUUCGGAAACCACUUCCCGAAGGUCACCCAUCCUUCAACUACUCCAGCCCAAGCACGCUUAACUCUGGAGUUACUUAUAGACCUUUGA